AACAGCUUAAGCUCCCCUCAUUUGAAAAAAAAAGAAUUAAAAAAAAAAAAAAAAAGAAAAACUAGAAAUCUCGAACCCACUCUGUUCCUCGAAUUAGAACUUCGCGAACGCAUUCAUAAGUCAGAUCCCUGAAGCACUCAAGUUCGAUCCUUUUUAGUGCUUAACUUUUAUCGCCCUUUUUCACUUUUUUUUUUUUUAAUUGUCUUUCAUCACUCCUCUCUGAAUGCCUGAAUAUCAACGUACAACAUGGAAAGAGGCCUCGAUGAGCUGAUUGAAUCGCUCUUGACUGAAAUCGCUUUCUCUGGCGUUCGGGGUUGUUCCGUAUCUGCUGCGUUGAAAGUAAUUGAGACUUUCUAUGGCGACGCUGAAGAGCAGAUCCGUAAUACCGCUCACGAGCAAUGUGAUGCGCGACAUAUGAUAGGUGGUGCUGACACCGUCAACCCCAGUACAGGGCUCCAGACUCAGCAUGAGAAUAGUGGCUAUGACUUUUCUGUCGGCUCAAAGGUUUGGGGAUGGCUGGUGGCAAGAGCGGAUGUCUCUGUGGGUACUAACAGGCAAUUCAACCAUCUCCCAUUAGAUGAACUGUUGUCACUUCCAGAAGAAGAUGAUGUUUCUGGGUCUGUGCCAGCUUCUCCUGGUGACCUCAAAACACUUCAAAAUGCAACUUCUACAUCAGAAAAUGGCCAUCAACUGGGAAAACAACCAAAACUAGAGCAAUCUGUACAGAAAUACAGGCCUCGACUCCAUGUUUCCGAGGAACGCCAAUGGAAGACGCUUGCCGGCCAUGGCCCAGAUCUGAAGCGGGUCCCCUUAUUCGAAUGGAAAGCCUUAGUUGACAUUGCAUCCGUUAGGGAAAAGGGGAUACUCCAGGGGGAUUUAGUUCGAUUGUCUGGCCAAGACAAACGAUCCCUUCCGACGCGCACUGAGGCACUAGCAAGAAAAGGCUACAUCAUCAAGCAGCCCAUAAUCCUUCGCGGGUGUCGUUCUAGCAAGUUAUGGCUUGCUAAAUUUGCCAAAACUGCAAAGGAGAAUCGCGACGGACUCAAUUUCGACAAGAUCGACGUGUCAAAGGAGGCCCUGACAAAAGAUCUCGCCCCGGUACCGUUCAGUUCCGCCUGGAAUGGCGAGAGGCUUGAUUAUAUAGCCAUUGCUCAAGCCUUUCAUGCUGUCGUGAAGGCAUGGGGGGUCAUGCGAUAUUGCGAUGUACGAAUCAAACUAGAUAUUGAGAACCGCGUGCCUCAGAUGAGAGCCUUAGCGAAAACAUCACGUUGGUUCACCAGCAUUGGAGCAGUUACGUUCGUGGCCGCAAGAUUUGCCAAUGGACAGAGGCUCUUUAAAGACUGUGUCAAGUUUAUUAGAGACCCAACGGCUGAUGAAUGGAGGGUAUUUCGAUCUACCCCGAGCGCCCAUAUUAAUGUUCCUUCCGCUCGUCUGGGGAAACGAGGACAAGCCUCUCGAGCUAGAUACAAUCAAGAAAUCAACUUCAGUCCUCAUAGCCAGAUAAAUAAACGUGCCUCGAAGAGGCAAACCCAAUCCCAGUCAUCAAGCCAGGAGGAGCCGAUGCCAUCAUUAUGGAACCGACACAAGCCUAUUGUCAAUACAACGUUUGAGAUAAUUCAAAGGGCUGGCCCAGAAGGCUCCUCCAAUGUCGAAAUUGGCCGCCUCACUUUGGGGCACGCGUACCGCAAAUACACCGCAGCGCUCACUGGACAGAUGUCGCUACCUAAUUCACAGCCGCCUCACUUGGGACGAUUUAACGUUUCCUCCCAGCUUAGCCGGCACGGUAAAACGAUGGCGUACCAAUUCGUUGCGAAGAGCGAAGUUAAUGGUUCUGCGGAGCAUGAAAGGGAGGACGGAGUCCGAAGUCAAGAAGCGAACGCGAUUGUAGAAGUUCAAAACGAGGACUUUUCGCAGAAAACUUCAACCAUUUCGGCAAAUGGCUACACGUUUUCGCAGCCUGUACUGUCAAAAUUUGCAACAGCCUCUACCUCUUCGCUCACUCAAAUCCAUAACAGUUUACAUCAUCCGAAACCCCUAAAAGGUAGGAAACGAAAGCGUAUUUCAGGCAAUGAGCCUACCGAAGACAUAGUUGGUGAUGGCCGACCACGACCCAGCAAGAAAUCAAAGAUAGGACAAUCCUCAACCAGUGGUGAAACACCUGGAGAAGAUUCCGGUGUUGUCUCUGUUACAACCUCAGGCCAAGAGAUAGAACCUCCAAGACUACCGACUCCCAGACCUCCAGGUAUUCACCGCGAGGUCGAUAAUUUCUUGGACCCACCUGGAAAAAAGGGACGGCGAAAAAAAUCGCUCGUUCUCACAUUCAAAUUUAACUCACUCAAGGACUGGUCCUUUCUAGACCGUAUGAGAGAUAGGCGACCAGCAAUUUCGGAAGAGAUCCCAUGCGAAGCUGAAUCCUCUCCACCUCUAGACCCCGAACUCACUCCAUCUCAAACUGCGAAUAUGGAUGACUCUAUGCAGACUGAAAAGUCAACAGCCGGGCAGAAUGGGAAGAAGAAAGCGAAACAAGGCGGCAAAGGUAAAGCGUCAUACCGCUGCGAAAAGUGUGGCAACAGCUGGAAGAACUCGAAUGGUCUGGAGUAUCAUCUGAGCAAAUCUCAGACUGCUUGCAAUCCUGAAUAUAUUCCGCCUCCUCCUAAACCUCCGAAGGUUGCCAAAGUAAACAUUCCAAAGCCAAAACCGAUCCCAAAGACUAAGCCACCGAGAAAAACGGGGGGACAAAGUCAAGACCAGACUCUAAGCAUACCUGACCCAAGUCAAACGUCGCCCCGGCGAGCGCUCGAAGGUGGAGACCAUCGACUACUACCUUCUAAACGGGUUCGGUCUACGGAGCAUUCCAUACAGGGUCAAAAUCCGCAAGAAUCAUCUAGGAAUGGGCCUAUUCGAGGAUCGAUUGUUUUACAAGAUGUGGAAGCAUAUGAUGUUGUUGACCAUCGGAGACAACGAGAACAUAGCCAAGUGUCCUUGUACAACACUCAAAAUACCAUCCCUCAGCCACGCCAUACAAGCCAGAGAUUGUCGCAGUUGGCGCCAAAGCAACUUUUGGAGGGCGGCGAAGACGUUGUACGUAGCAACGGGGUUGAAAAGAACCUAGAUGAGACGAUAACUUGCAGUCGCCAUCAAACACCCAUUCACGACAAGGAAGUGGCAACUUUGGGGGUAUCUAAAGCAGAAUUGUCCAACUUCAGCUUACGACCCCCUGUGCUAAACAACACAUCGAACGUAAGCCGUUCGAACUCUUCAAUGGACUUCCAAGCGGUCUCAGCGAACAGCUCUACUGCAAAUAUCGCAGAAAAGGAGAAACCUCGCAAACGAUCCCAGAAUACUAUCGGUACGGUACGCCGAGAACGCGCAUCUCAUAUAAUCCAGCAUCUGAUUGAUCACAAUGACGGCGUGUUUCCUGGGCAGCGUUCCCUUUAUCUUGCUAUGACCUCUCUCUGGAAUAAAAGACAUACCGAUAUACCCCCGCCUGAUCUGAAGGUAUGCCAGAAUGUGGUGAAUAACAUGGAGAAAGCUGGAAAGCUCCUGCAACUGCACUUCUUUUUCCUUGACCACAGUAGCCAGCUGCAGGAAUGUUGUGUACUGGCAACCCCCCCUCCAGAGGCUGUUGAUGCUGCACGCUUGACUGCUAGCCCCAAAGUUGUUGCCGUCAAGGAAAAGAUGAGAGAGAUGUUCCCGGAGCCAUACAUCCCAGAGGCAUUCUCUUUGCCGCAGGAUGAAAGUCAACUAUUCGAUGCACUCGCAUCGAGAUACAAAGACAAGUCGCCGUCAAACGUAACGCGUAAAUCAACACACAGAUUUACCACGACCAGGUCAGGCGCCAUUGAGGAUAUUGAAGUUUUGCAAUAUCCAUCGCAUGUUGUAAGUGAUGUCUCCACAUAUGCAACCGGUUCAAAGAGACACAUGGAGCAAGAUGAACCAACACUGGCAUCCCCUACCAAAAAGGUCCGCCUUGACAAUGUCGACAUCGAUAAGCCUCGAAAUUCGCAAAAGCUUCGGAAACGAAGCGAACACAGAGAAUAUUGGGAUACGGGAAAAGUAGCCAAAUAUAUCUGGACCCAAAAGCAAAGCCAAGGUGAGAAAUGGGAACAAAAACAUGCCUACCUUCAAGACUUUGCGACUGGGGCAUGGUCAGCCCCGGUUCAAGAGACCACCUCGUUAGCACCUAGCAUUGACACGAUUCUAUCGUCUCCGAAAAACACUCAUCGUAACACGUUGAAUUCAAUAUGGCGACGGUCAAACAAUAUGCUGAAGGCCUCCAGCGGAAGCACGAACACAAAGCACACAAUCUCAUCCGACACAGGGUUUUGGAAUGGCUCUCAAGGUGAUGGAAAUGGAGGUACAUAUGAUGAAGUAUUGCAGGAUGCUUUGGAAAAGGCGACCAAAGAAAUCACGGCGAAUCAGUUCGUCGAGCCGGCGAUUUCUACAUCAUUUGUGCCAGAGGAUUCCGGAAGCGAUGAAGAAGAGGAUGAAGAGGAUCCCCUCGACGCACAGCAUACCCCUCUCACAGAUGAUAACCCAAGUACACGGCCAGAGGAUGCUGGCACAAGAUUUGCAGAGAACGAAGUAAUCAAGUGCUCGCAAUCUGGCAAGUGGCCAUGGCUGCCUGCCAGCUAUUUCGAAUCAAAUUCGACCAGCUUCUUGUUAGCUGGGGCCAUGCCGAAUGCGAGAUGGUUCCAGCGAGAGAAUCUGCCGCAGGGUGCCGGAGAUAUCCUCAGAACUUACCGGGGUAGAUUUCAAUUCACCUCCUGGGCAGAUCCCUCCUACGGAAAGUUUCUACGUGAGGUCGGCAUCAUUGAGAGAUGGGAACAAUCAGCUGAAGGCUCUCGUGUCAUCAUGCACGGAUCAGUUGCUCCUGAUUAUAUAUUCAUGUCUCUCUCGUCCGAGGUCCCUCGAUCGAACAUGAAACCCAUCACCUUGGAAUGGCCAAGUGCAAACCAAUUCACACCGGACACAUUACCAGACGAUAUCAAGAACGCUUCCGCCGACGACGAAAACAUUGGAUUGCCCAAUGUGGUUCGUCAUAACAGGGGCCGGCCAGUAAAUGGACAGAACUCCGAGUCACGAUUGGGGAAGGCUGCUCGAUCCAACACGAAGAAGAACUCAAAGGCAACGCAGAUAGUCAUGGCGUCCCAACCAGAAGUCCAGUAUAAGACACGGUCACUCAGACCAAUACCCAUCCAGCCACGUGGUCGUGUAAAUAGACCACUCCAAGACGACGACGCGCUUGGCCUCAGUGGCGAAACCGAGCUCAUCGCUGCGCACGUCGUCUUUAAAACACUCCUGGGAGGAGUGGAUAGGAAGGUGGACAUCGGUUUGAUCCUCAAGACUUUCCCCAGAUGCUCUCACUCAGCCUUGAGAAAAUUCUGGCCCCGGGUCAGUAAGGAGCGGAAGACCUACAUCGAUGCCCUGACAGUGAAAUUCCAGUCGGCAUUUCUAGAGGCCUACGAAGAGGGCCAAUUUCCACCUUUAAAUUACGACGACGUGGAGUCCUAUGAUUGGAAAUCAUUGAUUAUUUGGGCGACCAAACUCGAGACUCACGAGAACGUCCAUCUCCCCAAAUCCCGUCGUGUUCUCGAGGAGACUUACUCGCUGGAGAAUGUAGCGAACGAGGCCCCGGAUUGGAGAGAAACAUGGUUCCACGGCAUCACGUCUAUCUACGCUCGAAUGGAAGGAACCUCUAGCGAGCCUAUCUCGAUCCCCCUUAACCACGGCGCGCCGGCCGACGACGAGAUCAUAAGUCGCGCAAGAUCGUGGGUCCGUUCCUUGUGCGUCACGCGGAUCAACGGCGCGAAUGCACCAGAGGAGAUCCGCAAAAAGCUCCUCCAACUAAGCGGCAAGGACGACGCCGAGACGAACAAGCUGCUCAAGAAGGUAGUCGACCGACUCGUGGUGGAGCGAGUAGCGGCGCGAAGCAAGGGGAAGAUCCUCGGUCAAUCGCUACGCCUACACGGGAUCUUCGCGAAGCAGCUGGAGAAGUCGGCGCCGAUCGAGCGCCUCGAGCAGGCCGCGCACUUCAAAGCACAACUCGACGCGAGCUUCCGCCACCACGGCGGCGCGCCGCACGUCGUCCUGCCGUACGUCGCCAACGAGGGCACCAUCCUCGCCGUCCUCAACCUCCAGGCCCACGCCCGCAUCCGCAUCGACCCCGUCGACCCAACCCCCAACAUCCCCUUCGGCUUCGAGCCCGGGAACUACGACGGCCGCACCUUCCCCAAGAGCUACUACCACUUCGCCCUCAGGCUCUCUCCCACAAGCAGCUACCUCCUCGACCAGGACCUCCCGCUGCUCGCGCAGGUCGAGAAGAUGCAGCCGCCGACGAGGGGCGCCCGCGGCGAGAUCCCCAUCUGGGUCGACUUUCACGGAAGGCUCGACCAGGGCCGCUGGAUCACGUACCUCUGCAUGGUGGUGCUGGCGCUCGCGACAAAGGGCCCGCUCACCCCGCACACGGCGUCCACGCUGCUGAAGCCGUUCGUCGAGCCGUUCGAGGCGAGGGCCAUCAUGGACUGGGUCGAGGAACUGGGACUCCUGGGGCCGUCCGCCGCGACGGUCGGCGAGUGGUGGUGGCUGGCGGUGGGCAGGCUGGCGAUGGGGAGGGCGAGGAAGGUUGAGUUUCAGCGGUAG